AGUGAAAGCCUCCGGGCAAAGGACGCGAAAUUGACAUCAAAGCAAGGGCAAAACCGUCAUUGCGCAAACGCACACGGCAAUCCCGUGACCGGAGAAAUUACCUUUCCCCACUCUCCUCCCCAUCGGUCGGCCCAUCACCGCUCCCAAUUUCCUCAGCCCAAGAAAAAUAAUAUCCGCUAAAGUAAUUUAAACCUAACCCCAAUCACCGCAAACCAAUCGGAUAACUGACCGACGUGCCGUAGCCCAAACGCCGUUAACCCAUGACAACCCACGCCGCUCAAAUUCGCGCGUGGCCGUCGUCUCCACGCGCUCGCUCCCCCGGCGAUACCAGUCAGCCCUAUCCCUUCUCCCUUUUCCCCCUCCUUUCAUAUCCUCCCCCAUACUCCGCCGCCAACACCCAUCACAAAUUCUUUUCCCUUUUUUAUUCUCACCGUCCCGUAAAAUUUCGUGUUCCCCGUUUUAGCGAUCGCUAGGGUUUUGCACAGAUCGAUGGGUGAUUUGACGGAAUCUUCCUACCCUCAGGCGCCGCCGCCGCGUCAGACCCCCUUUCGCGAGGACUGCUGGACGGAGGAGGCGACAUCAACGCUCGUCGACGCCUGGGGCCGGCGCUACCUGGAGCUCAACCGCGGUAACCUCCGGCAGAAGGACUGGCAGGAGGUGGCCGACACCGUCAACGCCCUCCACGGCCACACGAAGAAGACCCGCCGGACCGACGUCCAGUGCAAAAACCGGAUCGACACCCUGAAGAAGAAGUAUAAGGUCGAGAAGGCCAGGAUCUCUAAUUCCAACGGGAAAGCGACGUCGUCGUGGCCGUUUUACCCUCGCCUGGAGCUCCUGAUCGGAUCCAGUCCCAACAAGGGUAAGGUGAGCCCUCCGCCUCAGUCCACGCUCCCGCUGUCCCUGCCCUCGCCACCGUUCGCCGUACCGCUGGCCUACCGGAAGCCGCCUUCGCCGGCGAUGGCGACGCCGGAGAUUCUGCCGCAGAAGCGCCAGGUGCCGAUGCCUUCGGCGGUGGACGGGCCGUCGUACUUCAGGAAGAAUUACUCGGCGAUGGCAGCUGCAGCAGCUGCUGCAGAGAACGAAGGGGAGGACGAUGAUGGAGGGUUUGAGGGAGAUGAGGCAGAGGAGAGCGAGGAUAGGGUUGAUGAGGAGGAGGAGGAAAUUGGGGAUGAUGGGUUGAGGAAGCUGGCCAAGGCUAUAGUGUCGUUCGGGGAGAUUUACGAGAAGGUUGAGCGUAUGAAACAGAGACAGAUGGUGGAGUUGGAAAAGCAGAGGAUGCAGUUUACUAAGGAUUUGGAGGUUCAGAGGAUGCAGUUGUUUAUGGAUACUCAGGUCCAGCUAGAGAAGCUCAAGAGGGCCAAAAGGAAUGGAUCAUCUGAUGUCAUCGUAACUGUUCACAGCUCCGUUGAUUCGAAGUCUCAAAUCGAACAAGAACUCAAGAAGUGGAUGGUUCUGUAUGGCCGGGUGUACAAAGAUGAUGCAGAGAGGGCGGUGCGGUUUGCCGCGUUCAGAAAGAAGUGGUUGGAAAUCGAAGCCUUCAACUCAGGCCCGGACCGCGGCUACAAACUUGGCGUCAACCAGUUUUCGGAUGAGCUUCCGAAUGAGGAGUUUAAGCCCUGUUUCGUGUCAGAGAAAUAUAAGAAGUUUGCUGGGUUUUCGCUGCUGUGGGGCGGGGUGUAGGGUGUAGGGCAUCAACCAAAUGGUUAUGGGCCAGCUAGAUGAAUUAAUAAGUUCCAUAAUGGAUUGAUGAACAUUACUAAAUAAUACUUUAAAUUUUACAUGGUCAUGUGUGAUUGCGUAUAUGUCGUUUUAUUGGAAUUUUACAUGGUCAUGUGUGAUGACAUAUAUGU